AUGGAGGUCGACACCGCGCAAGCCAUGGCCACUCACGUCAUUGCGAAGGUGAUCCGACUCCCUGGGCCAGGACACGAGGGUAUGGAAGAACUUGAUGACAUCAGCGUACCUGCAACAUCACCUGCUACAUUGACGAUUGGCGGUCUUCAGCCCUCGAGUAUGUACGAGUUUCAGGUUUGCGCUGUAAAUUCUGUGGGCAGCUCUUCCAGUGUUUGCAUUCGCGUGCUCGUUCCACCAGUGCCACCGCCCGCUCCUGAUUUGUGGAGGCGAUGA